GAAUAUAAAACAUGCUUCACUGAUACCAUACUAAUCUCUUAGGUCAAGUUCACACGAUGUUUACUCCCUGAUAAUAUUAGCAAAAUGUAAAAAAAAUCGUCAGUUGAUACGUCGCUAGCUCGCGGCAACUUUGUCAAGUAUGUGCUGUUAAUAAUGCUAGUAUUGUUACUUCUGUUCUGUGUGGCGCUAUGCGGAUGUGAGGAUGGAGACCUCGGCUACAGUCUGAACAUAGGAAAUGCAAUCGACGUGUUCGCCAAUUACGGUGACCUGUCUCAGGUCACGCAGGUGGUGUCAGCAGAUUACGAAGGCGAGGAUGCAAGAGAUGCCUCAGUGCCGUUCAGUGAGAAAAACCUCAGAGUGUUCCUUAACGUCAAAAGCAGUUUCAAGUAUGGCGACCGCGAAGGUAUCACCGGCAUGGAAGUGCUCCUGUGCGAGACGUUCGAGGACUUGCUCAAUGUGUACUUUCAGAACUUCAAGAUUGAAGGAACUGAUAAACCCUGGAAAGCAUUCAUGGGAGACUGGAUACCAGACGAGAUUAUGCGAACAUUCGGCAUCGAAUACGACGCUAACCCUGAAAACUGUUGCUACGUGCUCGUAAAAUUGACUAAGAAACACAAAACUGUGGAAGUAAAGGAAAACCUUCGUGGGGCGGUCGUUAAAGACUACGUUGCGAUGGCUGUCAACGAACUGAAUGUAAGCGACGCGAGUGAGGUCAGGAGAUUUAUGAAAAGCUACGGAACUCAUUACAUUGAGUCUUAUAUCACUGGGAACAGUAUUUAUCAGGUAUUUAAAUACAAGAGGGGUGGUUACAACAUGUUGCGAGCUUACAUAAGAGUACGCAAUCUCAGGCCGUGGAUUCCUGACAACUUGAGAUUCUACUUCUCAUCAUAUUACUUGAAACAAGUUGGGGAUAUCAGAAUUGCCAGCGGAAAUAAGACGAUAGAAACAUGGGCCCAGAAGAAUCUACGAGACAGCCAAUAUUUAUAUUCAAGACCUAGCUUGCUUCGACUGCACUACAAUCCUAUUCUAGUGUCGAAACUUAACACUCUAUUAGACAACGGGGCCUUAUUAGGCCUUGGUCUUAGAACACUACGCCCGUUAUUCCGAGAUAGGCGUAAAGCAGAAAAAUUCGCGGAAAUUGUAGAAAACGAUCUACAACUGUGGGAAGUUAACGCUUAAUUUUAUUCAAAAAAUACAAUUCAAAUGAAUUAUAAAUGCAAUUUAUUAAAAUUCAUUAGUUGGCCCAUUUUAAAUUCAGUUACAUCUAAAUUCUUAAAUCAUAAUGAUGUUUCUUUACUUAAAAAUAUGUUAGAAGCUGACAAACGUCCUUUCAACAUUUGCUAAAUUGAAAGCUAUGUAGGACAGAAGAAUGAUGAAACUAAAUAGAUUACGUCACGACCAUUAUGAUGCGGACGUGCGAGGGAGACAGCAAUAUACUUUUAUGCGCCCACUCUACCUCACACAGAUUUUGUAAUUUUAUUUACAGCGUAAUAUAACUUAUUUUAACACUAUUUUUAAUAAAAGGAUUCUAUUUUUAAACCAACAUAUUAUUAGUCGAAAACAACACGGUUUUACUCACGUAUAAAAAGUAGUCGGAAUCGCCGACCAGUUUCGACCUUUUAAGUAGGUCAUCCUCAGGGGCGAGUGCUAAGAGGACGUCGCGUCGCGGAGGCCUCUCGAUCACCGACAUAUUAUUUUGUAUUUUUUAUCAACAAUACUCUGUGGGUUCAUUCAAAUUAAUAUGAGUUGUAAAUACCAUCUUGAAAUGCUCAAUGUAUUCCUUACUUACCUCUUACACCCACCUGCCAUGUUACAUUAUAAAUAAAACAAAUUAUACAAUA